UGGGCUACUCCCCCAUGAAGAUACGCAAACUCCGUAUCAUACUCGGUACCAUCUUUGCGCUAGUCCUAAUCGCCCUACUCGCUGUGGCGUUGACGUUCAUUGUCAAAGCUGGGGAUGACAAUGAUGUUACACCAACCGAAAAAGAUAAUGGCCUACAUUUGGAUGAGGUUAUUUCGGGCGCACUAUCAGCGCAUCGUUUCAAUGGCACAUGGACAACGGGGUCGCGUAUACUUUUCAAGGAAAGCAAUAAUCCUCUUAAAUUGCAGUCAAUUGUGGAGUACGAUGUGAAUACGAAAAAGAAAAAGGUGCUGCUAUAUGAUGAGCAUCAACUAUAUUCGACGUUUGAGAAGUCUGCAGAUGGUGAACUGCUGUUGUUGGCCAAGAAUUUAUCCAAGUACUUCCGUCACAGUUUUAUAGCUCAAUAUGAGAUCUACAACAUUACAUCGGGUCAGAUACAACCGUUAAUGAUCAAUGGUGUCCAACAUGCACUCUUCUUUGCCCAAUGGGCGCCUGUUGGCAACGGUCUCAUAUUGAAUUUCGAAAGAAAUCUCUACUAUAAACCCACUGCCUAUGCGGAAGCGAUCGCCAUUACAAGCGAUGAGAAUUUAGCCAUCUUGAAUGGUAUACCUGAUUGGGUGUAUGAAGAGGAGGUGUUCAGUACGAACACAGCCACAUGGUUCAAUCCGACUGGUACACAUAUCGCCUUCAUCAAAUUCGACGACUCACCCACGCGCGCUAUGAACCUACCCGUCUACGGUGAGGCUAAUGACCUACGUUUCCAGUAUCCACUCGCCAAAUUGGUACCCUACCCGAAGGCGGGCUCCUCGAAUCCGCGUGUCAGCCUCUAUACUGCCGAUUUGGCGCGCGCGGCACAAGGUUUAGAGUUUCUCACGCAGAUUCCGGUGCCCAGCUCCUUGAAUACUGAGACCGACUAUAUCAUCUCGGCAGUGGAUUGGUUGGAUAAUGAGCGCGUGCUUUCUGUAUGGAUGAAUCGUAUACAAAACCUGGCUUAUUUGCAAGUGUUCGAUGGUGUGCGACGAACGGAGAUUUUCAACAUCGAAUCAAAGACUGGUUGGGUGAAUUAUUUUCUCCCACCCUUCAAAAAUCGUGAUGGUUCUCGCAUUGCCUUCGUACUACCACAAUUGCAGGACGAUCAGACACCUUAUCGUCACGUGUGUGUACUUCCCACUAAAUCGGCUGGCGGCACUGUUGAACCACUUACAAAAGGCAAAUACGUUGUGGAGAGCAUUCUACAUUGGGAUGCAGCUAGCGAUGUCAUCUUCUACAUAGCGAAUACAGAGCAAAACUCCGAGGUGGCGCAUGUGUAUGCAAUCAAGGCGGAGGUGGGACGUACACCACAGUGCCUCACAUGUGAGCUGCAUACAUCGGGCGGUGUGCAGCAAACAUACUACGAAGUUUCCUUCAGCCACGAUCGUCAAAUGGCGAUCAGUUCGGAGGGACCUGGCGUACCAAUGACCAUCGUGUACGAAUGGAGUUAUGAGAAUGACCGUGUUUCCCUUAAGAAAGUUUUGGAUUGGGAAUUGAAUGAUGAACUACGCACCAAAUUAAGUUCGAAAGCUGUGCCCACUCGUGAAAUCCAUACCUUCCCGAUUGCGGGUAAUUUUACUGCCAAAGUGUUGCUGCAAUUGCCACCAAAUCUCGAUCGUAGUGGCAACACAAAAUAUCCACUACUUGUAGACGUCUAUGGUGGACCCGACUCUACCUCGGUGCUCGAUCGUUGGAUGAUCGAUUGGGGCACUUACCUCUCAUCGAAUCAGUCUGUGAUUUAUGCCAAGAUCGAUGGACGUGGUUCCGGUUCGCGUGGCGAUAAGCUCUUACAUUCUAUUUAUCUUAAAUUAGGCACAUUAGAGAUCACCGAUCAAGUCGAUGUAACUAGGCAACUACAACAGAAAUUCUCCUUCAUCGAUGCCAAUCAUACUGGCAUCUGGGGUUGGAGUUAUGGCGGUUAUGCCGCCGCAAUGGCCCUUGCCAAUGACGACAGUCAAGUCUUCCGUUGUGCCGCAUCUGUGGCACCAGUCACCGAUUGCUACUAUGAUUCAAUCUACACCGAGCGCUAUAUGAGUCUGCCAAAGCUAAACGAAGAGGGUUACGCCAAUUCUCAGCUCACCACACGCGCAAAUCGUCUGCGUGGCAAAAAAUUCAUGCUGGUCCAUGGUAUGGAUGACAAUGUACAUUAUCAACAGGCUAUGGUUUUGGCGAAAAAUCUGGAGAGAUUGGAUAUUCUGUUCAAACAAAUUAGCUAUACCGAUGAGGAUCACAGCUUAGCCUCAGUACGUCCACAUUUAUAUCAUUCGUUGGAUCGUUUCUUUGGCGAUUGCUUCGGCAACAAGCGGAUGAUGUCACGCUGGAAUGGUAAAUGAUUGUACCGUUAUAAUAGCACCAGCAAUAAGAAAAGGACAAACAAACAAGUUAUUUAGCGAAGGAAAAAGGAAAAAUAAGCAGAGAAAACGAAAGGAUAAAAUAAAGGGAAAGCAAAAGUAAAAAGCUAAAGGUGAUGCAACUAAAGACAAUAUCGGUGGCAGCUAAGGAAAAAUAAAUUUCUAACAAAAAAUACGGAUAAGACAUGGAACUAACUGAGAAAGCACGCUGGUGGUGAAGAGUAAGAAAAUUUAAAAAUUGUAUUCAAUAAGAAAACUAACGAAAGCGACGAUGCGGCGAACGAAUUUUUGUACUUAAGUAAGUUAAGUAUGUAAGUGAUACGCUGAUACUUUUUACGCACAUAAAAUCUACAUACAUACAUGCAUACAUACACACGAGUGUCAGCGGAGUAAGCUUUUAUCUAUGCGCGUAUGUAUCUCCACUGAACUAAACAACCAACCAGGAAAUCUAGAGGAAGAAAAUUAGCAUACAUACAUGCAUAUAUACAAACUUUCGGCAAACAAUAAAGCUACACACAUACAUACUACUUGGGUAUGUAGUGGUUAAGUAUAACGUAGACAAAUUUUAUUAGCAUUUAAUAAAUAACAAAAAAAAAAAACAGAAAAAGAACUCAAUUCCACACACAAAUCACAAAAACCUAAGACAAACACAAAACAUGUAAAAUGCAUGUAAUUAACAAACAAAAAAAUGGACAAAGAAAUAUCAAAACUUUAAAGCAUUUACAGCAUA